AAAAAAUCAAAGAUAAAAAAGAGGGAGAAGAAGAAAAAGAUAUUUAGAAGAAAUCAAAGAUGGCAUUUAUGUUUGUGAACUCAGUGAAGCUUGUCCUUGUUAUUGUAGUCAUUUCUUCGUUCACAAUCAUGAGUGCUUUAUCUUUGGAGUUCGACGUCGGCGGCGACAAAGGAUGGGUGGUUCCUCCGGCGAAGGAACCUGAAAUGUACAACCAGUGGGCGUCCAAGAACAGGUUCAAUGUGGGAGAUAUUGUUAGAUUCAAAUACAAGAAAGACUCAGUGAUGGUAGUAACAAAGGAAGAGUACGAGAAAUGCAAGUCCACCCGCCCCGUAUUCUUCUCAAACAACGGAAACACAGAGUACAAGCUCAACAACUCCGGGACCUUCUACUUCAUCAGCGGUGUCUCCGGCCACUGCGAGCGGGGCGAGAAGAUGAUCCUCAAAGUCAUCAGUCACGCUCCGGGCACGUCUCCUCCCAGCCCCGACUCCAGCAAUGUGGUCGCCAUUUCUGCUCUGGUUCCUCUUCAAGUCCUUGUGGUGGCUGUCGGAGUCGCUAGUGUUUUGUUCUAGGGGUUUUUAUGUGGUUGAUGUCCUUGGUUAGUGUUAGGGUUCAGUUAAGGUUUAGGUGUUGAUUUGGUUUUAUAUGUUUAUGGUUAGAUGAAGUUUGGGCAUGAGUUAGAAUUAUUUUGGGUUAUUAAAAUGUGUUCGGACUAUGAUUUACUGAUUUGUUAGCCCUCCUGUUGGGAAUUUAACGCCUAAA